ACGUUUGUCAUUUUAGACUGCUUACAAUAGUAAAUUACAUCCUUUCUAUUUAUAUACCUUCCAGUAAAUUUAUGUUACUUUACAGCAAAAAGACUACUGGUUACGUGGAGACACGCACAAGUUUGGUCACUGUGCUUCAUUCGGGAGAUUAUCUGAGCAAAGAAUGCCUAACGAUUGUAUUUAAUUGGGCUGAAAAGCAUUUGUGCUCCUGGGCUCCUCCCACCAUUGAGAGGAGAAUGCUACGGUGGGCUGGAGCGGUGAUAAAACCUGUUGCAGGAGACCCCAGUGGUGUUAUAUCUCUGUAAGUCUAUGGUGUCCUGGGUAGUCGACUCUUUUCCCGCUUAUUUGAAUCUUGUUUUAGCCAUUUACUUUAUCAUUGCUUAAAUGCUUCUUUUUUGUUUUUAGCUUUAACUGUAUUCUUGCAUUUUGAACCAAGUCAAAUUUAAAAGUUCUGAAGGCGUUUUUUUGUUCUGUAUGAACGCAGAAAUGUCAGCCUCGCACCUAGUAUGUGCCUUAGUGUUCCUGACUAUAGGACUGGAGCCAUACGGAGUAGAAGCUACCGGAGAGUAUUGUCACGGGUGGGUGGACGUCUACAACGUUUGGCACAAAGGUUUCCAGUGUCCAGAACGGUUCGACGGCGAGGAAGCCAGGUUUUGUUGUGGAACGUGCAUCUUGCGUUACUGUUGCACUGCAGUGGAAGCAAGACUGGAUCAGGGCGCAUGUGAGAACGACAACUUCUUCGAGUUUGAAUCGGAUGAUCCUGCCAGUAAAAACCCACCGCAGUUGCCAACAUACCUCCCCUUCCUCAUUGUUGCAAGUGUUUUUGUCUCCUUUGUCAUCAUUGGCUCUUUCAUCGCUAUCUGUUGCUGCCAGUGCCUUAGGCCCAAGGCUGAAGACCGUCAGAAUGGCCCAUUGCCAAUCCAGAGCCGUUUGCUUGAGUCUGGGCCUUCUUCUGAUACCAGGACCCCUUCUCGCUACUCCAAUGCCAGCUCAAGCUCUACUAGUAGGUGUUCCACAGGAGGACGUGCUCCGAAUAUCUGCACUGUGGGCACAGAGGCUACCAUGAACAUGUAUAUGUCCACAGCAAAUGGAUUCCCAGGAAUAGGCUCUCAGUCUCAGCAGUAUAUGCCUCCUACACAGACCUCUAGUCAGUUUCUCCAACCCCCGUACCUAAGUUAUGGGAUGCCACCGGAACAUCCCAUGCUGAUGAACCCAUCUUACAUGGAAAAUCGAACUGUAUAUGGCCAUCAGCAGGCACAUUCAUUCCAGCAGGCCCCAAUGCACACUGAACAGUUAUACUCCGGCGUUCCAAUAUGACUUGUUCUCUAAUCAUGGUUAUAGAAUUGCAUUGCUAAGCAGGGAUGUUUUAAAGAAGGUUUAAAUGGCACAUUGACCAGUGCCAGUAUAGGAGUAUUCACAUUUUAGUGAAACUACUGGUUAAUAAGUAAGGGGACUCUUUGGAAAAACUAAGAUGUCUAAGAUUUAGUUUAUAAAUAUUUUGUGUAUACAUGGAAUCCUGCCUUCCUAAUGUUUACCAUAUAUUAAAAGGUGUUCACUGAGGUUAUCACUGUUAAUGCAAUCAAAUUACAUUACAGUUGCCUUCAGUUAGGGGUCUUUGUUGUUUUUAUGUAUUUCAAGAAAAAGCAAAGUUAUACCUCAUAAAAUAUCUAAUUUCCAAAAUGAUUAUUUAGAAAUGUGUUGCAUGAAGCUGCUUUUGAUAUAUUCAAGAAUCUCUUGAUUCUACCCUGCAUGAUGUAUCUUAAAAAAAAGUAGCAUGUGGUAAAGAUUUUCUCAGUACAGAUCACUUAAUGUUGUUUUAUAUAAAAACAAACAUCACAGGGGGCUUUUGUAAUUAUUACUUCUGGAAAAGGAGCGUUUUCUAACUUUAGAAACAUUUUUGUAAAAUGCAAGUUUUUCACUGUUUUCAGUGCUCAUACUAAAUAAAAAAUGAAA